CAAAUCUUCAUUUUGAUGUGAGCCACAAGCACCACCACUUCGUGGCCACCUCUUAUAGCAACAAUGUUAGUAUUACCCAUACGCCUCAUGUUUUGUUAUGUAAUGACACUCCCUAACACACCCAAAUAUUGUUUCUUUUAUCUUUUUUUCCCCUUUCCUUUGCUUUCUGCAACUUUUUAACCAGCAUGGCCAAGCUCACGCUGAGACCAGACUAUUCAUGCUUCAUUUCACAUAUUCACAGAGCAUACUCACACACCCCUUUUAUCAGAACGACAUCGUUUCCACGUUUUCACUUGCACCCCUCACCUUCCAGCUACAGCUUAAGGCUCCGAAUAGUUUCUAGCGCUCAACAAAAUGCCAAAGAAACCCACAGAGUGGCCAAGGCCAAAGCUCUCACGGAGCUUCAAGUGGAAGAGGUGGAGAAGAAGCAUGAAAACUUGUCCGGGACCUGGCCACCUUGGAAGAAUCUUCCCCAAAGAUACAAGCUCAUUGGCACCACAUCUCUCGCCUUCGUUAUUUGUAACAUGGAUAAGGUGAACUUGAGUGUUGCCAUAAUUCCAAUGUCUCAUCAAUUUGGGUGGAACUCGACAACGGCUGGAUUGGUUCAGUCCUCCUUCUUCUGGGGCUAUGCAUUGAGUCAAUUGCCUGGGGGUUGGCUAGCCAAAAUAUUUGGUGGCCGGACUGUUCUUGAGGUUGGGGUACUGAUAUGGUCAGUGGCUACCGCUCUUGUUCCUUUUCUUGCUGGAUUUAUGCCUAGCUUACUUUUGUCAAGGGUUUUGGUUGGGAUAGGCGAAGGUGUUUCACCCUCUGCAGCUACGGAUCUUAUUGCCAGGCUUCUUUUGGCUCCUCCUCUUAUCCAAAAUCUUGGUUGGGAAUCAGUAUUUUAUUUAUUUGGUCUUUUGGGGAUUGCUUGGUUUUUGGGGUUUCAAGUUCUUGAAGGAGGUGAAAAACAAUUAAAUCCAAAAUCUCUUUCAUCCCCAGACACCCUGACAAACUCAUGGAAAACUUCUCUGACCGAAUUGAAUGGCUCUUUGAAGGAUGUACCUUGGAAGGCCUUUUUCCGAAAUCGUGCUUUGUGGGCUAUGAUAUAUGCUCAUUUCUGUGGUAGUUGGGGUCACUAUAAUUGUCUAUCAUGGCUUCCCACAUUUUUUAGUGAGGAGCUGAAUCUAAAUCUGACUGAAGCUGCAUGGGUUUCUAUACUUCCUCCAUUGGCUUCAAUAUUUGUGACUGGUCUUGCAGCACAAUUAGCUGACAACUUGAUUUCAAGAGGAGUUGAAACCACUGUGGUUCGAAAGAUCUGCCAGUCUAUUGCAUUUUUGUCCCCUGCAAUCUGCAUGACUCUUUCCUCACUGGAUCUAGGGUUACCACCUUGGGAGAUUGUGGGAAUUCUCACAGCUGGUUUGGCCCUCUCAAGCUUUGCCUUAUCAGGGCUUUAUUGUACUCACCAAGACAUGUCACCCGAAUAUGCAAGUAUACUUCUGGGUAUAACCAAUACUGUUGGGGCUGUUCCUGGAAUUGUGGGUGUAGCACUCACUGGUUAUCUUCUUGACUUAACUCAUUCAUGGAGCAUUUCACUAUUUGCACCAUCAAUCUUCUUCUAUGUGACUGGUACCAUGGUAUGGUUGGUGUUCGCCAGCAGUAAGCCUCAAAGUUUUUCUGAGCAUAACUGAUUCAUGUUCCAGUCAUUCACUAUGUAUGAGAAGUGGAUUUUUGACACAGGGGGGUGUAUCCUUUGAUAUUUACAAAUCAGAUAAUUUAAGUACAAAGAAAUGAUUGUAUAGGUAUAUGUAUGUAUGUAUUCUUAUUUUUCAAUUGUAGGAUAUUAUAGAAUUUUUGUAUAUUUUUCACAGAUGAUGUUAUGGUGGUUGGUCACCAAAAAAUGUACUGACAACUUAAAUCCUUGAAAGUCAAGAAUCAGUUUCCUCUACCAA